AUGGGUGACGCCGUGAACGGUUGGCAAACCGUCCUGCCCACCACGCGGGUCGACCGACUCGAACGGGUGCAGCGAGAGACCGUUGAGCGUCAAGCCUUGGACUCGUGGGCAAAGCUGGAUGGCGACUGGUCUGGCUAUGGAAAGCACACAACCGAAUAUGCCCAAGCGAAGAAGCUGCACAGCAAGCUAAGGGCAGCCGUCAUACAACCCCUAGGCCGCGGCGGCCAAGGCGAAGUCGAAAAGUUAAAGUACACCCACAAGAACAGAUCGGUCGAGCUAGCCAGGAAACGACUCCGGGGCGUGAUUGAGGAGUUAAGGGAAGAGGCAGACAUUCUGGAGCAAUUGUGCCAUGACCACAUUGUGAGGUUGAUUGGGACGUAUGGCUACCACCCGAAAGAGCUUUACCUGCUGUUGUGGCCAGCGGCGACUCGCGAUUUGGCCGACCUUCUGAAAGACCUUGACGAUCUUCGGUUCGACGGGGGAGACCGUGAGGACAUUCUAGAAAGGCUGCAAGACCUGGACUUGACCAACACGGCUGCCAUUGACAACGUCUACGCUAUCACCAACCCCAGCCGCGACAGCAGUGAUCAUUGCCCUCUGAGCUACUUGCAGCGCAUAAUGGGUUGCCUGACCGACGCUAUUGGUUAUUGCCAUGACCAGAACAUUCGGCACCUAGAUCUUAAACCGGAAAAUAUCCUCGUUAGUCCCGGACGAGUUCAUCUUGCAGAUUUCGGCAUAUCCAGAGACGUGUCAGACCAAGAACAGACGAACACAUUCCUUGAGAUUGGUACCAAGAAAUGGUUCGCGCCUGAGCGAUUUCCCAGCGAUCAGGGCUGGUCGAUGCAGGCAGCUGACGUAUACUCACUGGGUUUGAUAUUCCUGAACAUCAGUGCAAUCAUCUAUGGCGCACGGCAAGCUCAUCUAUUCGACAUACUGAAGCAGGUCGACUGGCAGAUCAAGCUCCGUCAAUUAGAUGCAUAUCUUGAAGACUUACAGAAGCUUGCUCUUGCUACCCAAGAGUUUGCCGACGACAAAGCAAAUACGUUUGCGCCUAAACAUGUCGUCGGGCUCAUUCGGUGUAUGACAUCGCUGGAUAAGUCAAAACGUCCCGAUACUGCCAAAGUCAAUGCAGAACUUGUCCGUCUUGGUGGACUCGAACAAAUCUACCACAACAGCUGCUGCAAGCGUCCAGCCAGGGUCCUGGUACAGCUACUGGACAGAGAAUAUGCCCAGGCUUCCAUGGAGCGUGAUCGCCUAGCAGAGGAGAAUGAGCGUAUCGGCAGACAGCUUCAAGUCUACAAAGAUCGAGACGACAUGUAUGACUUGCGAAUCCGAAAUGAACGAGAGAAGCAUGCCAAAGACCGCGAGAGACUGUUAAAACAAUUAGAGGAAGAGCAGAAGCACCGCAGGCAGCUAGAAGCUCAGCUUUGGGGCCCAGAGCAGCAUCGCCGGCACCGCUCAAGCGUCACGGCCCCGGAGCGAAGUGCUAGUGGCGGCCUCAUGAUGAAGACCACUAGGCAGCCGGCCAAAUCACCGUCACAGCAACCCAGCAAGCCAGUGACCACGCCUUCGGUCAAUAAUCCCCCCUUGCUAAGAUCACCCACAUCCAACACUGGCAAAGGACCUACGUCGGAUCUUCGAAAGUCUACAGACUCCUUGGCCGGCAGUGGUCUGCUCCGUACCAGUACUUCUGCGUCUCGGCUACCACAACCCGUCAAACCAUCAACGCCGAUAAGAUCUAGCACUCCAAGUACUCCGCGGGAUACCAAUCUCACCGAUACGACAACAACCAGCAUAGCCUCAUCCCUGUUCAGCCGAAGUAGUCGACGCACCACGGGGAGUGGCCUCUCACCAAACCCCAGUCCAAGCUCUUCCAAUAUUCUAGCUCGGCCUGAUGCCCAGCCUGAUGGAUCCGCUGCCCCAGAUGCCACUGCCAAAUUGCCUCCACUAUCUUCAUACUUUCCAAGAGGCUUGGAGGCCCCUCGCCAUGUGGUCAAUGCAGAAUCUGAGGCGGGGUCCGUUGGCACUGAUCUUGCCGAGCUCGACCUGCUCCAUGAUAAUCAGAGUCAGGCAGGAACAGAUGCCUCUGACCUUCCAGGGCCAACAAGAGUCCCAUCUCUGCCAGUAGACAAAAGCUGGGCGGCUAUUGCCGGAGAUCGGAGGGGUUUAGCUAACAUGAUCAGCGCUGUCACGAGCAAGAAGAAAAAGACUUGA